AUGCCGCCCAAGCAGAUAGGCCCCCUCGCCCGCGCAUGGUACAAGUGGAAAGCCCUCCGCCUGCCCUGGCGCAGGCGCCUCUUUGUCGGGCACGAUCUCGAGGGCAACACGUACUGGGAAUUCAGGCUCACGUCCAGCGCGUCCCGGUGGCGCCGCAUCGUGCACUACCCGCGCUCCACGCACUACUCGCAGGUCAGGGUCUCGCCCCUCUGGCACCAGUGGCUGCGGCACAUGCGCGCCAGCCCGCCCUCGCUGGACGAGCAGCGCGGCGAUGUCUUCCGUCAGGAGAGGCUCAAGCACCUCGCCGCGGAGGCGGACGCGCGGUGGGAGGCGAAGCCCCGCGUCGUGGAGCCGCCGCGCGACACGCCCCGGCUGGAGAGUCGGCCGGCCCAGGACCAGCAGCAGCAGCCGCAGCAGCAGCAGCAGCAACAGCAGCCGGGCGAUCCGUGGGCCGGGGCCAGGGCCAGGGCCAGGGCCCAAGGACCGGGUGAGGCCUGGCAGCCCGCGGCGUGGAAUCCAGGGCCUGCCAAGGGGCCGUGA